AUGGCCGAGCGAUCACCAUCUUUGUUUAUUGUAGUGUGUUGUAUGUGGGUUGUCGUUAAUAGUACGACCAUUAAAAUACAAUACAGCACAAUUGAGGAGAGUGGCAGUGAUGACGUCAUCGGCAAUACUGCUGUUGAUGCUGGACUAGCCGAUAUGGUAGAAAAUGCCGAAGAGUUACAAGCAUUGAGGUAUAGUUUGCUCAAAAAUGGAAAUCCGGACGCAUCUAGAUUUUACGUUGAUGAAAACACUGGAGAUCUUCUAACGUCUGAAUCUUUAGACCGAGACGUCAUUUGUGCGUUUGUUCCUGUUGGUUCUGACUGCUAUCUUACAAUGUUCGUCAUUGCACAAUCAUCAACCGGAAGCUUUUUCAAGAUCGAAGUUCAAAUAUUAGUUAUUGAUAUUAACGAUAACACGCCAACAUUUGAAAAAGACGUGGAUAGUCUUGCCGUACCGGAAGGGACCGAAUUGGGAACGUCGUUCGCGCUGGAUGGUGCGCAGGAUCCGGAUAAUGGGAUUUACUCGGUACAGUCAUACAGAGUUAAUUCAAAUGACAUACCUUUUGUUGCAGAAGCUGACAAAUUUGCUGAUGGACAGUCCAUGUUGAAGUUGAUUGUAAAUGGUACCCUAGACAGAGAACAAAAGGCUUCCUAUAUGCUCCACAUAUUGGCGUAUGAUGGAGGUCAACCACCAAACAUUGGAUCCCUUAUGGUCAACAUCACCGUCACGGAUGUCAAUGAAUUCCCGCCAAAAUUCACACAAUCUGUGUACAACGUCACCAUCUUCGAAGACCAUGACGUAAAUGGUAGCAUAACAACGGCCAAGGCCAUUGAUCCGGACGGAGGUAUCAACGGGGAAGUACUUUACUCACUCAGCCCUUUGCAGUCUGCAACAGUCCUAGAGAGGUUCCGAAUAGACUCCACUACUGGGGAGAUAACUUUACGUACCUCCUUAAUGGAGGAUAGUAAUGAGGAAUAUCGAAUGAUUAUAGAAGCUUAUGAUAAGGCAAAACAACCAAUGAUGUCACAGGCUCAAGUUUUCAUCAAGGUCAUUGACAAUCAUAACAACGUUCCGACAAUCAGGGUUGACCUUUUGUCAAAUACGAACUAUGCCGAGAUCUCGGAACACGCGAGUCAAGGGGCGGCGGUAGCGCAUGUUGCUGUGACUGACAAAGACACCGGAGCCAACGGUCUGGUGGUCUGUAACGUCUUGAACGACAACUUCCGGAUACAGAAAUACGAGGACAUGGAAUAUAAGAUAGUUGUGUAUACGUCAUUAAAUCGUGAGGUGACUGAAGAAUAUAACGUCACGGUAAAAUGUGAUGAUGCUGGAACUCCACCAAAGCACGUGACGUCAUCGUUUAAGGUGCUUGUACUGGACGAAAACGAUAACGCGCCAAGAUUCACACAGCAGAACUACUAUGCCCAUAUAAAGGAAAACAACGAUAUUGGUAAAGAGGCAAUUACAGUGUCGGCAACAGAUAUCGAUAAAGGUACCAACGCUCUGAUGACGUAUGCCUUGACCCCUACGGACGAUCAGAGAUUCAAAAUACAGCCAGAAACAGGUCAGGUAUCGGUAAACAUUCGCCUAAAUAGAGAGGUACAGGGGCAAUAUAGCUUCCAGGUAAUGGCCGUAGAUAUGGGAACUCCCUCUCUAACCGGUACAGCAGUGGUAUAUAUUAUCGUCGAGGACGAAAACGAUAACUCGCCCACAUUUGGUGAGAACCAUUUCCACUUCUACGUACAGGAAAAUCUCGCGCCGAACACGAGUAUUGGCAUUGUAAGUGCGUACGAUGUUGACCUUGCUGAGAACGGCGAAAUUGAUUACUCAUUAUCAUCACUAAAGGAAGCGCCGAUGCCAUUUUGGCUCAUGGAGAACGGAAGUAUUAUGACGUCAUCAGUUCUCGACCGUGAGAUAGUGGAACGGUAUGACCUUAAGAUGACAGCAGUGGACCGAGGUGACCCUCCUCGAGAGGGGUCAGCAGUCAUCACAGUCCACGUGAUUGAUGAUAACGACAAUGGACCCAUCAUCACGUUCCCAUCGGAGACCAACAGUUCCGUCUCCAUCCCGUACGAAACACCACAAAAUCGGGUCAUAAGUACGAUAAACGCUUACGAUCAAGAUUCUGGACUAAAUGCAAAGCUAUCGUUUUUCACCACAGAUUUCAACAUAUCGGAUUAUUUUUUAUUAAACAGUUUUUCUGGAGACAUUUAUCUUAUAAAACAACUUUCUUCAUCAGAUAUCGGAACUUACUCCUUUGAGGUACUCGUGCAAGACGGGGGCAUGUUUCCGCUCUACGCCACUCGGACAAUGACCAUAGCCAUUACGGACAGUUUGACCAGUGAAAGUUUCCCUAAAUAUGUCACGAUAGCGAUCUGUAUAUCCGUGAUUACCAUAUUUCUGGCAGUGCUUUUAUUUUUUGCCAUAUACCUUGUGAGGCGUUACGACCUGAGAAAACCAGACAGUUUUAACAAACACGUUGAUGAGAGUUUCUCCGACAAAACAACUCCAGACGAAAUUGAGGCCGGAUUUGGGGACUUAACCGUUGACCGGAACAGCAAUAUAUACAGCCCACAGACGUUCAGUGUGAUCGGUAUCCCCAAAAGGCCCCAAAUCAUCGAUCGAUCAAUAUCGUUACAGGUACCCAUUGUCCCUGAAUUGCCCAGUUCCGUCCACCCGAGUGACGAUCCCGUAUGGGCUCCCCCUGGUGGCGAAAUUAAUGACGACGAAAGACACCGGAACCAGUUGAUAAACCUACAGUACCAACAAUCACUUCUGCGGAUAAAAAGCUGCAAACGGUCCAAUUCAAGCUUGACGAUUUGA